AUGACACUGUUCGUCUUUGGUGUGCUGAGACUUUUGACAGCUGGGUGGACGACCCUCCUGACCCCAAAUUACUUUCUAUGGCCAGUUGAGAUGCGAGGAUCCGAACUUGACAUUACUGGAACUGCGUUUUCCACCUUGCUCUUCGAAGAAUUUCAAAUUCAGGGUCUCACUGCCAUCCAAGACAAUUCUUUCAAGAUCCUUGACAUCAGCGGAAUGCUAAGCGGAGUCUCUGCUGCAGGGUAUACCUAUGGUCUUCCUGGCACGUUUAAUUUCAAUGGCGCAAAAUAUAAUGUAUCUACUCAGGGGAUUGUGCCUGCCAUCGAGGAUUAUUCAGGUUCAGAUGGAAUUCCAAGUGCUAAUGGCACUUGUCUCGGCUUUUCUGGCGGAAAUGUCACAGUCAACUUAGGACCAAUACCGGGAGAACACACCAGCGUGUCCAUUCCCCAAGGCUUCAGCAGAAAUUAUUCGAUGUGGCAGCAGGGGUUAACAGCCAAUGUCAGCUGCCGGCCCAUUGACCCGAGUCAAACACAGUACGGUUGGAACAUGGCCAACUCCUCCCUCGUCUAUGCCAACUUGGCUGCUUCGAACGACUCCAUCACUGGUCUUCGCCUGUGGAAUAUAAGUGCAAACUGUGGUGCCAAUACGUCCAUGACACAGGAAUACGUGACCAUG